AUGGAAAUGGUCUUAAUCAUGCAUUGGUAUCUUAUACAAGUGUUGGUCUUAGUUGAACCAACAUGGACAUUGAUGACAUCAACGUCUGGUACUCUGUUACAGAAGGGCGUGACAGGCCGGUCCUUAAAUGGAUAUACCCUGGAGACCGUAACUGUGGAAAAUCUAGUAAAAUGCAGUCUGUUAUGUGUGGCGAAUGAAGAUUGUUUUUCGUUCAACUUUGAGCACGGUACAACUGGGAUGGCGCAAUGUGAUUUGGUGUAUUGUAACGCAGAAACAAAUAACUCUGCACUCGUUUCUCAGAGUGCUUUAACAUAUUAUGGUCAGAUAUCAGAGGCACACGUCCCAUUAUGUGAUGCAUGUGUCCAUAGUCCUUGCCAGAAUGGUGGUACGUGCAUGGUAACUGGACCAUUUCCUGCAAAUUUCACAUGUGAAUGCUUGCCUGAGUUCUCUGGGAACGAAUGUGAAAAUGCUGUUCUAGAUGAAGAUUGUGGAGUUGACCCUACAUAUACUGGUGUCAAACAGCUCAUGGCCGCAGAUAGGAGAAUAUUCAGUGCGUAUUGUGAACAGGGAUGGUCUUAUGUACUUAAGAGGGUUGAUGGAAGCGAAGAUUUUUACCGCACUUGGGUUGAAUACCAGCAAGGCUUUGGUGGCCGCAACAAUGAACACUUCAUUGGGCUGGAUAACCUUGCUAGUAUGUUGAGGGGAAGGAGUUACAAAGUCCGAUUUGACCUAACACCGUGGCCAACUAACGUCUCUACUCCUCUCACUGGCUUCGCGGAAUACUCCACGUUCGACAUGGCGGACGAGAGUGACAAAUACCGAAUCAACAUCACUGGGUAUUCUGGGACAGCAGGGAACGCCAUGCUAGUUCAGAACGGGCAGCAAUUUUCAACAUACGACCGGGACAAUGACGUUUCUAUUUCUAACUGCGCGGUUCGUUUUAAGGGUGCCGGGUGGUACAAUAACUGUCACCGUUGCAACUUGUUUGGACUGUAUGCGAAUGGAACACUUUGUCCCAAAAUGGGACAAUGUGUCUCGUGGUUUACGUGGCCAGCACAACUUGCGCCACCGAAUAGCAAUAACUACGCUUCUUUUAAAGAGGCAUCUAUGAAGAUUUAUCCGAUUUAGACUAGAAAAAUAUUCACUGAUAUUUGAAUGACAUAACAAUUAGUGAAUCAUAUAAAUGCCCAAAUGCAAAGGAAAUUGUAGGAAAUCAGUUAUGUCAUGAUUGUAUAAUUGUUACAAACAUUAAACAUUGACGCCAGUCAAAACAAUGGUGGAAAUAAUAAUGUAUCAGCACUUGGAAAAGUGUAACACUUGUUACAAACAUUAAACAUUGACACCAGUCAAAACAAUGGUGGCUAUAAUAUGUCAGCACUUGGAAGAGUGUAACACUUGUUACAAACAUUAAACAUUGACACCAGUCAAAACAAUGAUGGCUAUAAUAUGUCAGCACU